UUCUCCCGUCAGUUCACCGAUAAACCCUGGAAAAGAACACCGGGUCGCAUUCGCAGCCUGCAAACCGAUCCAAGCUCAGACACCCGUACCAAAGCGAGUUAGAUAGACCGACCCAUCCACCUGGGAUGAGACAGUGAGGCACACAAAUCUUUUGCCCCAUACCCACACAAAGCCCCCAUUUUUUUCCCAACAGCCUGCGGUAUAAACCACCGUCGCCUACUACUGGCCCCUCUGUCCUCGCCGAAACCCCACCGUCAAUCCCAGUCAUCAUCAUUCAUCGGCCACCAUGGCCCGGCGGUGUCUCCGGGUGACUCUCGCCCUCGUCGUCGCCGUCAUCACGGCGACGGCGACGACACUGUCCUCGGCCCAGCAGACGGCGGCGGUGGCGUUACCGACCUUGCCCAGCUGCCCGCCGGCGCCACUCAGCCUGUCCCCGUGCAUCGGCUACGUCUUCGGCGUCGGCUCGGCGACGCUCGCCUCCUGCUGCUCCCAGCUCCGGGGCUUCCUCCAUGCCCAGGCGCCGUGCCUCUGCGCCGCCUCCAAGCUCGCGCCCAGCCCCAUCGGGCUCUUCCUCGGCCAGGCGCAGGCCAUGAUCCCCAACGUCUGCGACCUGCCCAACCCAUGCGAUGAAGCCGCCGCCGGCGAGGGCUCCACGCCGCCGGUGGCAGGCACAUCGCCUCCAUCUGCAACGACGACUCCGGCAGCCACCACACCGGCAACUGAACCGUCGUCGGGCACGCCGGCUGCUGCUGAUCCAGGCACGUCAGGAGCACCGCCGGCACCCAUAGAAGAUGCUUCUGCCACUGCAAUGGCGCCGGCAGGCACUGGAUCGAAGCUCCCGGAACUGCUGCAUGCAGCGGGCGCGACGCGCUCCACAGACAUGGCUGCAGGCACUGUAUUCGUCGCUGUGCUUCUUGCUUCGGUUGCAGCCAUGUAUGUGUAACUGUAGUCUGCUAAGCUGUCAUUAGAACACCAAAUGCGCUGAUUGUAACAUUAUAUAUAAGCUGAAACUGCACCCUACUGUUGUGCAGCUACAAUAAAAAACGUUUCCAUUGUACAGAAUGUACAAAAGCAAA